AGAACACAUCGGAAGUAAAUAAUGUGUUACCUGUCAUGUCCGCUCUCACACAUCAUAAACAAGAAGUUAUAGGCUAAAUCAACAUUUUUCUUCAUAGUGCGGUGUUAAAAAUACUUCUCAUUCAUCCGGUUUAAGAGAGUAAACCGACAGCUGUGAGCUUUCUGAUUUGUUAGUCGGUGACUGAGAGGAGUUAGCUAAAGUUAGCAGAGGAGUUAGCACUUCAUUCAAAAUGAAGACAGUCCUGAUGGUGGCAGAGAAACCAUCGCUGGCUCAGUCGAUUGCCAAAAUCCUCUCUAAAGGAAGCUGUACCAGUCGCAAAGGCCUCAACGGAGCAUGCUCAGUGCACGAGUACACCGGCAGCUUUGAGGGCCAGCCUGUGCGCUUUAAGAUGACUUCAGUGUGUGGACACGUGAUGAGUCUGGAUUUCAUCGGAAAGUACAACAACUGGGACAAAGUGGACCCUGGAGAACUCUUCAGCAAAGCACCAACCGAGAAGAAGGAGGCGAACCCAAAACUCAACAUGGUCAAGUUCCUCCAGGUUGAAGGCAGAGGCUGUGACUAUGUGGUUCUAUGGCUGGAUUGUGACAAGGAAGGAGAGAACAUCUGUUUUGAGGUGUUGGAUGCCAUCGAGCCUGUGAUGAACAAAGGCAGUGUGAGGGGGCAGAGUGUUUAUCGAGCCAAAUUCAGCUCCAUCACAGACACGGACAUCUGGAACGCCAUGAACCGCCUGGGAGAGCCCAACCGCAAUGAAGCUCUGUCAGUGGACGCUCGUCAGGAGCUGGACCUGCGAAUCGGCUGUGCCUUCACACGGUUCCAGACGAAGUAUUUCCAGGGCAAAUACGGCAAUCUGGACUCCUCGCUGAUCUCAUUUGGACCGUGUCAGACCCCGACUCUGGGCUUCUGUGUGGAACGUCACGACAAGAUCCAGUCCUUCAAACCAGAGACCUACUGGGUCGUCCAGGUGAAGGUGUUCAAAGGAAAAGACACCCCGCUGACACUGGACUGGGACAGGGUGAGGGUCUUUGACAGGGAUGUGGGUCAGAUGUUCGUCAACAUGACCAAGACAUCCAAAGAAGCCAAGGUGGAGUCUGUGAGUAAGAAGGAGAAGGCCAAGCAGAGGCCUCAGGCUCUGAACACAGUGGAGAUGUUGAGAGUGGCCAGCUCUGCUUUAGGUAUGGGCCCUCAGCACACCAUGCAGAUUGCAGAGCGCCUGUACACGCAGGGCUACAUCAGCUACCCUCGAACUGAGACCACCCACUACCCCGAGAACUUCGACCUGAAGGGGACGCUGAAGCAGCAGAGCAACAACCACAUGUGGGCAGAGGAGGUGAAGGCUCUGCUGUCAGCCGGGUUAAACCGACCCAGGAAAGGAAGCGAUGCUGGAGAUCAUCCACCCAUCACUCCCAUGCGUUCAGCCUCAGAAGCAGAGCUCGGCAGCGAUGGCUGGCGGCUGUACGAGUACAUCACACGCCAUUUCAUCGCCACGGUCAGCCAGGACUGUAAAUACCUCCAGACCACCAUAGACUUCAGCAUCGGCACAGAGGCCUUCUCAUGUAGCGGAAAAACUCUGAUAUCAGCAGGUUUCACAGAGUUGAUGCCGUGGCAGGGCAUCCCUCUGGAAGAGGCCAUGCCACCGUGUGAGCGAGGAGACAUUUUCACUGUGGACGAGAUCAAACUGGUGGAGAAGCAGACGCACCCCCCCGACUACCUGACGGAGGCCGAGCUCAUCACGCUCAUGGAGAAACACGGCAUCGGAACUGAUGCCAGCAUCCCCGUCCACAUCAACAACGUGUGCCAGAGGAACUAUGUGACUGUAGAGAACGGACGCAAGCUGAAGCCGACCAACCUGGGCAUCGUCCUGGUCCAUGGCUACUACAAGACGGAUGCAGAGCUGGUGCUGCCCACCAUCCGCAGUGCUGUGGAGAAGCAGCUGAACCUGAUCGCUCAGGGUAAAGCAAACUAUCAGCAGGUCCUGCAGCACACUCUCGAUAUCUUCAAGAGGAAGUUUCACUACUUUGUCGACUCCAUCCCGAGUAUGGACGAGUUGAUGGAGGUCUCCUUUUCACCCAUCGCUGCCAGUGGGAAGCCCCUGUCCCGCUGUGGAAAGUGCCGUCGCUUCAUGAAGUACAUCCAGGCCAAGCCCAGCCGGCUCCACUGCUCGCACUGUGAUGAGACCUACAGUCUUCCUCAGAACGGAGCCAUCAAGCUGUACAAGGAGCUCCGCUGUCCCCUGGAUGAAUUUGAGCUGGUGCUGUGGACCUCAGGGCCUCGAGGGAAGAGCUACCCCCUGUGUCCUUACUGCUUCAGCAACCCGCCUUUCAGGGACAUGAAGAAAGGUAUGGGAUGUAAUGAAUGCACCCAUCCGUCCUGUCAGCACUCUCUGAACUCUCUGGGCAUCGGUCAGUGUGUGGAGUGUGAAGGUGGCGUUCUGGUGCUGGACCCCACCUCUGGACCCAAAUGGAGGAUGGCCUGUAAUAAAUGCAACGUAGUGGUGAACUUCUUUGAACAUGCACACAGAGUGCAGGUUGCACAGGAGAGCUGCGACGCCUGCGAGGCCUCUCUGGUCGCCGUGGACUUCAAUAAGACUCGCACUCCUCUUCCUGCAGGAGAAACUCAACACACCGGCUGUGUUUUCUGUGAUCCGAUCUUCCAGGAUUUGGUGGAGCUCAAACAUGCCACCAUGAGGCACCGGGGCGGGGGUGCGAGGAGAGGGCGGGGACGUGGCCGAGGACGCCGUGGCAAUCCUAAAAAACCCAAAGACAAAAUGGCCGCACUGGCAGCUUACUUCGUAUAAUGUUUUUUUUCUUGUUUUUUGUCCUGUUAAUUUGCUAGCUCCAUAGCAAGAAGGUGUACAUGCCAGGGAACAGACUUCUGUUUUUACAUGUGUGUUAAAUGACUCUGAAGUAAAGACAAAUUCAAAAAAUA